CGCAGCUGCCUUCGGGCGUCCCUAAGGCAGCCAUAGCGAGGCCCUGUCGCCUCCGCCCCGCCUUGCUCCGCCCCGCAGCGCCACACUCCUUCCGGUGCAGGCGGCCAAGAUGGGGACACCCCAAAAGGAUGUUGUGAUAAAACCCGAUGCCCCAAGCACGUUGCUCUCGGAGAAACACGCGGACUAUAUAGCUUCGUAUGGAACAAAGAAAGAUGAUUAUGAAUACUGUAUGUCAGAGUAUUUGAGGAUGAGUGGUGUUUACUGGGGGCUGACAGCAAUGGAUCUCAUGGGGCACCUGCACCGAAUGAAUAAAGAAGAAAUUCUGGAAUUCAUCGAAUCAUGUCAACAUGAAUGUGGUGGAAUAAGUGCCAGCAUAGGUCAUGAUCCUCAUCUCCUCUAUACCCUCAGUGCUGUCCAGAUUCUUAUCUUAUAUGAUAGUCUGCAUGUUGUUGAUGUAAAUAAAAUUGUUGAAUAUAUACAGAGCUUGCAAAAAGAGGAUGGAUCAUUUGCUGGAGACAAAUGGGGAGAAAUAGAUACAAGGUUCUCAUUCUGUGCUGCAGCAACUCUUGCACUUCUGGGAAGGCUGGAUGCUAUUGAUGUGGGAAAAGCAGUAGAAUUCGUUUUGUCCUGUAUGAACUUUGAUGGAGGAUUUGGUUGUAGACCAGGUUCCGAAUCGCAUGCAGGACAGAUCUAUUGUUGCACAGGAUUCCUGGCUAUAACAGACCAGUUGCAUCAAGUAAACGUUGACUUGCUGGGUUGGUGGCUUUGUGAACGUCAGUUACCUUCCGGGGGUCUCAACGGACGACCAGAGAAGUUACCUGAUGUAUGUUAUUCGUGGUGGGUGCUAGCAUCUUUGAAGAUGAUUGGUAGAUUACAUUGGAUUGACAGAGAGAAGUUGCGCUGCUUUAUUUUGGCUUGCCAAGAUGAGGAGACAGGAGGAUUUGCUGACAGACCAGGAGAUAUGGUGGAUCCAUUUCAUACCCUGUUUGGAAUUGCUGGACUAUCUUUAUUAGGAGAAGAACAAAUCAAGGCUGUCAAUCCUGUCUUUUGUAUGCCAGAAGAUGUCCUUCAAAGAAUAAAUGUACAGCCUGAGCUUCUGAACUAAGCCUCGUAGAGACAAAAGGUUGAUACGCCCACUUGCUUUGGUUCUACUGAUUUAAGUAAUCUCAUCUCUGAAACUGUUAACAUAUUCUUCUUUGAGAUGUUUACAUUGCAAAAGUAAAGCAAUAGCUUUACUGUUGACUUUGUCACUUCAUAAACUGUACCAGAACAGGCUGCUUCUAAUAAUCUGAGUGUAACAUGUUCUUUGGUUGUAUAUAAGAGAUGUAGAAACACUUCCAAUGUGUACCUAAAUACAUGGUGGGCUUUUUUUUUUUUUUUAAUAUUCAAGUCAAAGCAAUAGCGUGAAUGUUUAAUUUUUGUAUUCCUGUGAUGUCAACCAUGCGCACAUCUGUCCUUCAACAAGCAUGUUUUGAUGGCAGAUCACAGAAAGCACUUUAAAAGUAUGAAAAAAAACCCGCAACCAAACCAACCUGCAAACAAAACCCUACUUAAGCCAUGCACUUACUGCCCUGCACUUGUGUAUGUAAUUGUUCCUGUUCACAUUUGCCAUCACUUUCAUAUACUGAGAAGCAAGUUUUUUUUCUUCUGAUAGUAACUAAUUCCAGUGGAAACAAAAAUUAUUGUUCCAUUAAGCAUAUAAAUGUCUUCACUUAUUGAUAAGUCCCUUAGGCAGAAUUUCUCUGAUAUUUGAAAUAGAGCAUACCUUGAGUAUCUGUAGUGAAAUUUGCUAACAUUAAGCAUUCUAGAGAAGGUUUAUAGGACAGUAACUUCUAACUGAAUAUAGAGUUGAUGCUAAAUUUGUUGCUGAGUUGAAAUCCUGUUUUUGUAGGUUUUAAGACAGUAAUAGCCAGCACUUGAUUAUGGUGUAAUGAGAAUAAAACUAGGCAUGGAAAAUA